ACGCACUGACAUGCGCGCUAAAUUCAACUUCACCAAAUGAAACUUACCUUUUAUUUACCAAAACAUUUUAAAAUGGAUAAUGUCACAUUAUAAUUGUUUUAACAUGGUAUGUCUAAUUCUUCCGCUGUUUUAAGCACAUGACGAAAUAACAACACCAUCAGAUUAUUUUUAUAUCAUAGCAAUAAUGUUCCUCGCUUUUGGUAGCUUCGUGUUCGGCUGGCUCUAUGGCGUUGCAAGCCAACAGAAUACUUUUACUUCUCUGGUCAAAAGAGUGUUCAGUUCUUUAUCCACCUCAAAAAAAGUGAAAGCACUUAAAGACCAUUUUCAUCCGAAAACAGUUUAUAGAGUUCUUCAAGAGAAUUAUGGCAGCGAUUCUGAUUCUGGACUUUCUGAAUCAUCUGAAAUUGCUUGGAUAGAAGAAGAUCUUGGAGAUAAUUGCAUAGCAGUACGAACACAGAUGAAAAAUCGCAGAAAUUUACAUUUUAAUGAAAGUGUGUCAACAUCAAUUAACCUUGCUGAGCCUUUGAGUACAUCGACUCCACAUAAUCCCUUCGAAGAAAGCGUUAAUUCCUUACAAAAGAUUAACGAAAUGCAAUCUGAGAUUGAAAAAUUAAAGGAACAAAUUGCUUUGAUGUGCAAAACCGCAGCUUUCAAAUCAGAAGGGACAUCAAAAACACAUUUACCAAGAACUUCAGUUCCACCGCCACCACCACCAAUACCACUAGUGCUACGAGCAGUAGCACCGCCUCCACCACCACCGCCGCCGCCGCCGCCACCACCACCACCACCUUCUGCUCUAAAGACAAGUGAUUCAGAUUCUAAACCAAAGAAAGAAUAUAUGUCUCUUGGAGAGAUGCUUAAGCAGCGCAUGGCUUCUGAAGGUGGGAUAACUGGAGGAUUAAAGUCAACUUCCACAACCGGUGCAGAUAAACCACCAUCAAUGGCCGAUGUACUAAAGAAUUUAACCAGCGUAAAAUUGAAACCAGUAGAAAGAUCACCAGGUGGUACUCCUCUCAAACGGUCUCCUCUUCCAUGCACAAAUACUGAUCACCAAUCUAUUAUUGCAAAUGCCUUAAAAAUCAAAUUUUCCAAAAUCAAUCAACACAGUCCUGACCGAUCACAAAAACGCCGCUCUCUAAACUCACCAAAUUGGUCAUCUCCUUCUCCACCACGGGGUUUUGGACGUCAUCUUUUAAAGAAAACUGGAAAGCUACUGAACUAGAUUUUUUCUCUGAAAAUUUUAAAACAAACUUUUAAACACUAACUUAACUGACAGAAUGUUGACUGCUUUUAUGUUUAAAAUAUUGAACUUCUAAUGUUAACUUAACCUGGGAGGAUGCUGACAGGUGAAAUGUUUUUCAUAUAUUUGAUACAAAUUUGCAUAAAUCAAAUAAAUUAAAAUAAAAUUCUAUUUGUUCCAUA